UAUGCUCAGUGUUUCACGAGACACGCAAUUGAACGGAUGAUCGCGGGCUAACUGUUGGCGAUCACGUCGGCCACGUGCUAGCUCUUGCUUUGCUUUGUUUGUUUCGUCAACAUUGAAACAUUAGCGCGCUUGGUGCUGUGCAAAUUUUGCGCCCACCGAAUGUUCAUAUCGCAGACGUGUAAGAGAGAGACGAGUGGUUUGGUAGUGAUUAUUCAACAUGGAGCGGUAAUGUGUUGUAAACAAUGUGGAACCGAAAAGAGUUGAGCGUUUUGUGUGGAAAGUGAUGCAUCAGUUGCCAUUGAACGAACUGUGAGAGCUAUGUCUGAAGUGAGCAUUCCAUCGCAUGUGUAAUAGGUGGAAAUAAGCUACCUGCUUCAAAAAAGACUGUCCUUGAAGUUUCGCAAUCUCCGGUUCUGUUUCAAGAAGAUCUACAAAUACGGUUCGAGAACAUUGCAGUCAAUGUGGUGGCUUUUCUGAUGAUUACCUGUUGAUCAGGGUUCACGUUCCUCACCAUAUAUCUACCCGGAGACAACAAUUAACACAGACUGUUGACCCAGAUUGACCGGCGGUAAAGUCUAAAGUUCAUUGAUUUUGGGUUACACGGCGAAAUGGUUGUCACAAAGCCAAUCCAGGACAAAUCGUUCAUCGACAGCCAUGUUCAAUCGGCCCGGUUUUCUCCGCUCGCAAGACAGAUUAUUGCCGCGACGGGGCCAAUUAUUUCCAGCGCUGCAGCUGGAAUGACCAAUGGAUUUUCGGCGAUAUUGCUACCCCAACUGCAGCACCCAGGGAGUGCCAUCCAAAUCACCAGUGACCAAUCGUCAUGGAUCGCUUCGAUGGCUCCCCUUCCCAUGGCCGCCGGUUGCCUUUUGGGCGGUCUACUGAUGGAGAAAUUCGGCAGAAAAGUGACGCACUUGAUCUUGAACAUUACUUUUGCGGUUGGAUUUUGUGUACUCUCUAUGGCGCCAUCCUAUGAUAUCAUUCUGGUGGGGAGAUUCAUAACAGGGUUCAGUUGUGGGCUUGUUGGGCCACCCGCUUCCGUAUAUAUCGCCGAAACCAGCGAUCCCAAGUAUCGUGGAGUAUUAUUAGCGGGUGUUACCUUUGCGGUAUCUUUCGGUAUAUUGAUUGCACAUUUUUUCGGUACACUUUUCCACUGGAAGAUGGCGUCAUUAUAUUGUUCAUUUUUCAUGGCUGUUAGCUACAUUUUCGUGAUGGUGUGUCCAGAGAGUCCUUCCUGGUUGUUAUCUAAAGGACGAAAUCAAGAAGCCGAGGAAGCAUUUCGUUGGCUAAGAGGACACGAUGGAGAAAUUAUGAAAGAAUUCAAUGACAUGGUGGUGAAAUACGAAGGAGACAGUACUGCUGGGAAGACAAAAGGAACUCGAAUCACAUUAGUAGAACAUGUUCUGAGAAAACAAUUCAUUUUACCGCUCAUUACAUUGCUUGUGUUCUUUUUCACGAUGCAAUUCUCGGGAGUGAAUAUCGUUGCAUUCUAUUCUAUUUCAUUGAUGCAGACCACCAUUGGAAGCAACAUCAACGAAUAUCUAGCGAUGUUGAUUGUAGAUUUAGUUAGGGUUAUUACUUCGUUAUUAGCUUGUAUACUUUUGAAAAUGUUUGGAAGGCGACCACUAGCGAUGCUGAGUGGUAUUGGAACAACUGUCAGCUUAGUAAGCUUGUCAAUAUUCCUUUACUUCCAAAAUAGCAUUCCGCUUUAUCAGAAUCUCUCUUGGAUGUCACUGAUUUUUUUGAUAAGUUACAUAGUUUUCGUCGGCCUCGGAUUGUUUCCCUUACCAUGGUGUAUGAGCGGAGAAAUUUUCCCCAUAGCCACAAGGGGAAUCGGUUCAGGGCUGACGUCAUCGUUCAACUUUAUCUGCUUUUUCGUUGUGAUCAAAACUGGACCUUCGCUGUUCGCGAGUGUGGGGACUAAUGGAACAUUUAUGAUUUAUGGUCUCAUCUCACUGGUUGGAACAUUGUGUCUGUAUAUGAUUCUCCCGGAGACGAAAAACCGAACAUUGCAGGAAAUUGAAGACUCGUUCAAAAUAGGGUGGCAGCAGACGCCGAAAGCGGUGGUUGAUCAACCCAAAGUGUGAUAUUAUAAUAAUAAAAUUUUGACUACGCUAAUUAUUGAAUUAUUUUUUCGAUGGCUCAAUGAAAAAAAUAAAUAAAAAUAUCUUAGUUUAAUAAAUAUUAAGUUUAGGCUUGUUAUACAUUUGAAACAGUCAGGCGUUAGUAGAGCUUUUAGAUAAAAUUGAUUAGUGCGCUGCUGUUUCGUGUGCUCACUACGCCAUUAGAAGCUUAUAUGUACUAGAUGUAUGUUACAUUACCGUUUACUAAUAGAUGCUCAUUCAUUCGUUAUUUCUGUUAAAUAAAAACAUAUCCGUUGUCUUUUCAUGAUACAGUUCAUUUCAAUUGAACACCAUUCGAACGGGUAAGAUGAUUGACAUAAGAGUUGUGACAGUAGAUUUAGUUCAAAAGAGAAAUAAAUUUGA